AAGUGACGCAGUGUUGCUGGCGUGGUGUGUGGCCGUCGGCGGCGUAUUGUGUGCAUGAUUGAAGUUUUUAGUGAAUUUUGGUGUUAAAUGUAUGAGGCUCUGGUGAAAACAUGUUUAUUUAACAUAAGGAACAUCACAAGACUUGAUUGAAAUCAAAAAGUCAGCUUGACAUUGUACUGGAAGAACGCGGGACGGUGGAUCCGAUUCGGUUGUGCUCAGGCCACCGAAAGGUUGUGAAGUGUGAACUUGGAUUUUUCAUAUCAAAGUCACUUGCUAAAUAUAAAAAUUGCACCAUUUUCAGAACUCUAGAUGUUAUUGUAUCAGAGUCACCUACUCAAUUUGUGGUUAUGAAGAUUAAACUGGCCAUGAAGGCCUCGUCAGUGUUGUUCGGCAAGUCAAAAUUCUGCAAGUGCUUCAGACUUUCAUGUGUUUUAUAUUGAAGACAAGAUGGGCAAUAGAUAAAGUCCUUUGUUGAUGCUUAGGACUGAUUGUUGAUUACUCAUAUUUGUAUGAGUAGAAAUGUGCCCAUAAUUUGCUAGCAGUUUGUAGUUUGCAUUCAUUUCUUUGCAAUAGUUAGCACCUUCAAGAGCAGCCAUGGAUUUAGUCAAGGCAUUCAAUGCAGAGCUCACGUCGCUCUACGACCAGAAACCCCCGAUAUCCAAGGUGAAGAUGACAUCGCUCACCAAGGGGGCCAUUCGAGCCAUCAAGUUUUACAAGCAUGCUGUACAAAGUGUUGAGAAGUUCCUCCAGAAGUGCCGCACCGAGUACAAAAUUCCUGGCCUGUACGUGAUCGAUUCGAUCGUGCGUCAGUCCCGCCACCAGUUCGGCGUCGACAGGGACGUGUUCGCGCCCCGCUUCGCCAAAAACCUCUCCAUCACAUUCUACCACAUCUUCAAAUGUCCGCCAGAGGAUAAGAGCAAGGUGAUCCGAGUACUGAACCUGUGGCAGAAGAACCAGGUGUUCCCGCCGGAGGUCAUUCAGCCCAUAUUCGACCUGGCCGACCCAGAGAGCGCCACCAGCCGCGCCAUCGAGCAGCAGAUUCUGGCCAAGGAGCAGCAGCUGCAGCAGCAGGGAACGCCGGCGGCGACGACGGCCGCGGCCGGCUCGACGCCCUCGGGCGCGUCUGCGGCCGGCGGCGACCAAAUGACGACUCCGUCGGCUCGACAGGCGGACGGCGGUGGUGGCGCGCAGGUGGAUCCCACUCUCAUUCAGAAGCUGCACCAGCUGCAGUCGCUGCUGGCACAGCCCACCGCCACCCCGGAGCAGACGGGCCCCAAGUUCAACCAGCGGCUACUGGAGGACGACUUUGACUAUGACGAGGAGCCGGACGGCACGCCGGGCGGCGGCGGGGCGCUCAAACAGCCCGAGCAGCCCUCGCUGGAGACUCUGGGCACGCUUCUCACCAACCCGGACGUACUCAAACAGCUACAGGGCCUUCAGCAGACGCUGCAGGCUCAGAAGCAGCUUGAACAGGCCGAGCGCGAGCGCAAGUUCCGCCAGCAAGAGGACGAGUUUGACAAACAGCUGGCCCAGACGGUCGGCAACCUGCCGUUCGCCAGUGAGAUAGAGCUGAAACCGCCGGCGCCGGGAGAGAUGGCCAUGAUGUCCACCGCUCCCCUCUCGGCCACCGGUGACCGCGACAUGCGUCUGGAGGUGCCCGAGCUGGCCGUGCCGGCGCGCCGCCACCAGAGCCCGCUGGAGGAGGGCGAACGGGGACCGGACACGGACGGCGACGAGCGCACCAGGGACCGGGACGAGCGUGACCGGAGCCGCCGGAGCCGCUCGCGCUCGCGCUCCCGCCGUCGGCGCCGCUCCCGCUCUCGCAGCCGGUCGCGCUCGCGGUCCCGCGGCAGGAGGUCGCGCGGCGGUCGCGAUAGGUCGCGCUCCCGCGGCCGACGCGCGCGCAGCCGCUCCCGCAGCAGGGAACGAGAGCGCGAACGUGAGCGGGAGCGGGAACGAGAGCGUGAGCUGGAACGGCUGCGUGAGAAAGAGCGAGAAGCAGAGAGGGAGAGAGAGCGGGAGAGGAAGAAGCGUGGUCUGCCCGACCUCAAGGCGGAUCAUCUGGGAGUGUGCAGUACCACACUCUGGGUGGGCCACCUCUCAAAGCUGGUGCACCAGGAGGACCUCAGUGACCUGUUCGGGGAGUACGGUGACGUGCUCAGUAUCGACCUGAUCCCGCCGCGCGGCUGCGCCUUCAUCUGCAUGAACCGGCGACAGGACGCGGCGCGCGCGCUGCUCAAGCUGAAAAACCACAAAAUGCAGGGCAAACCCAUCACGAUUGCGUGGGCGCCUGGCAAGGGCAUGAAGGGCAAGGACUUCAAGGACUACUGGGAGGUGGAGGCAGGCUGCUCGUACAUCCCGUACAACAGGCUGACGCUGAUGAGCGACCUGGACGCCAUGGAGGAGGGCGGCAUGAUCGACGAGGAGUCGGUGCCCGACUGGCUCAGAGGCCGGUACCAGCAGCUGCACCAGAUGGACCAGCUACCUGUGUCCUCCGUGCCGAUACCGACCGAGCUGCAGCCGCCGCAGGCGCUCGGUCUGGCGGCGCCCGUGCCCGGCGCGCCGUACGGAGCCCUGCCGCCCACCAGUCUGCCGCAGCUGCAGCCGCCUAUGGCGGUCAGCCAGAGCGAGCCGCCCCAGACGAGCCACCCGCCGCCGCUGCUGCCCUCCGGACCGCCGCCGGUGAGCAUGGGCAUGAACGUACCAUUUGGCGGCGCGCGGCCGCCGCUGCUCAACAUGCCGCCGAUGGGGAUGCCGCCGCCGUCGAUGUUACCGUCAGCCAGCAGCGUGCUGGGCCAGCCUCUCAUGUCCGCGCCGCCCGGCGUGACCAACCAGCAGCUGCAGCAGAACAUACCGGGACCGAACAUAUCACAGAGCAUGACGCCGAACAUACCUCAGAGCAUCCCCCAGAGCAUCACUCAGAACAUGCCGCCCAACAUGCAGCAGAACCUGCAGAAUCUGCCUCCGAACCUGGCCCAGAACCUGCAGCAAAGCCUGCAGAACCUGCCGCAGGGCCUGCAACAGACCCUGCAGAACCUCCCCCAGGGCUUACAGCAGAGCCUGCAGAACCUACCCCAGGGUCUGCGGCCGAACCUGCAGAGCCUGCCGCCGGGCCUGGGUCCCACCCCGCUGAUGGGGUCGGGUCAGAUGGACCUGCCGCCGCCGAACCUGCCCGGUCUGCCGGGCCAGCCGCCGCGCCACCUCAUCACAUCGACAGCAGCCGGACUGCCGCCGCUGUCUGGCCCGCCGCCCAUCGCCUCUCUGAUGGGAGCCGGUCGCGGCGGCGGAGGUCUUCUGCCGCCGCCCACCUCUCUGCUGGGACUGCCGCCGCCCGGUGUCGCGCCGACCGUCCCGGUGCCGGCCAGCGCCGGCGAACCGAUGGACCUCGAGACCGACUCGGGUCCGCCGCCGCCACAGACCAACGGUCGCAGGGAGCCCGACUCGCCGCCCAGGGGGCCGCACGGCGGCAGACGCGAGGAGACGCCGCGGCGCCAGCGGGGCAGCCGGUGGGGAGCCGGACCUCCUCCCGAGGAAGACACGCCCAAGAAGGAGGACAGCACCAAAAAGGAAAAGGACGAUGCCGAGGAGCGUCACCGCUCGCUGAUGUCGCGGCUCACAAACCUGGCCAACACCAGUCUGAGCUCGCUGCCGCAGCGCGAGCGCGACAGGCAGCGCGAACGCGAGCGCGAAAAGGACCGCGAGCGCGAACGCGAGCGUGACCGCGACCGCGACCGCCGCGGGGGCGGCCGAGACCGGUUCCGGCGGGACCGCAGUCGCGACAGGGAUCGUGACCGUGACCGUGACCGUGACAGGGACGACGACCGCAGGCGCAGCAGCCGCUGGGGCGACGACGACCGCCGCUCGCGGGACUCGGGCCGGUCCCGAUCCAGAGACAAGGAACGCUCCCGGGACCGCUCCAGGGACCGCUCCCGGGAUCGAUCUCGGGACCGCUCCCGGGGACGUUCUCGGGACCGACGGACCGAGCGGUCUGCGGACCGGCCGUCGUCACAGCCGCCGCCGCCGCAGCCGCCGUCACAGCUGCAGCCGCCGUCACAGCUGCAGCCGCCGACUCAGCAGCCCACUCCCGCUGCUCCCGCAAGCGCACCGCUGUCCUCAUGGACGACCGUGGAGCCCACUGAGCAGCCCAAGCCGGUCAUCCCGUCCCUGAUGGCUCCGCUGGUGAUCCCGCCUCCCGGGGCCGCCGCUCAGCCUCAGCCGCCGUCUGCCGGCGCUACCGCUCCACCUCAGCCGCCGCCUGCCGGCGCUGCCGCUCAGUCGCAGCCGCCGUCUGCUGGCUCCGGCUCCGACAAACCAGCUGAUACUCCGAGCACGACUGACACCCCGGCUACGACUGACACUUCGGGCACGACUGAUGCUUCGGCAGCGACAGCGCCGGCACCGGACACGACCACCGCCGCUACUGCUGACAGCGGUGACGGGGAAGCCAAGAUGGAGACCAGUGAAGGAGGAUCUGCGUCGGCCGCACCCACUGGGGACGCCGAGACUCCGGCAGAGAAGGCGGAGGCGCCGGCUGAUGGGGCGACGCCCGCGGCACCGACGGGAGACUCGACCCCAGUCCCCGCCCCGGCUCCGGCUCCGGCUGGCCAGGAGGGAGCGCAGGCGGCUCCGGCGGCCGCCGAGCAGUCGGAGAACGCAGCCAGCGGUGAGGCGACGACCGGACACAGCGAGCCACCGGCGGAUGCGCCGCCGACCGAGCAACAACAGCAGCAACAACAGCCACAACAGGAUGCCGCUCCGAGCUCCCCGCGGCGUCUGUCGUUGGGCGUCGAGCCGCUUAUGGGCCGUCGACCGGGCCCUGAAUUCGACGGUCCACCGCGCGGCCGCCGACCCAGCCUAGAUUUCGACGGUCCCCGCCGCGGCCGGAGACUUAGUGGAGGGUUUGACGGUCCGCCACGGGGCCGGAGACACAGUGGAGAUUUCGGCGGCCCUCCCGACUUCGAUGGCCAUCCGGAUUUUGAAGACCCACGAGAUUUCGACGGCCACCCAGGCUUUGAAGGUCACCCGGAUUUCGACGGCCCGCCUGAAUACGACGGCCCGCCGGAAUACGACGACUAUGAUGGUCAUCCCGACUUUGAUGGCCACCCGGAGUUUGACGGUCACCCGGAGUUUGACGGGCCUCCGGGCCGCGGGUUCCCGCGGGGCCGCGGCAGGCCGGGCAUGUUCCGCGGGCCCCGGGGAGGGCCUCGGUUCCCGCCGAGAAUGCUCGCCGGACCCGGCCGGCCCGAGGACGAGUUCGUCGGUGACCGGCUGCUGCCGCCGGUCGCUGUGGACGCCGGGUUUCGGCCGCACGGCCCGCGCCGACCGCCGCCGCCCGGUAUCAGGGGUCUGCGACCCAUGUUCCGUGGCGGACCCGGAGGACCCGGUCGGGUUCUGAGGAUGCGGGGUCCGCCCGGACCCGGAGCGCCCCGGCCCAUGGGGAUGCGACCGCCAGGUCCGUGGAUGGAGGGCGGCCGAGGACCCGGCCCCCGCUGGUGACGAACCCCCCGGACCCGCGAGAUGGCUGCAGCCGCCGCGCCGGCCGCGCCCGCCCACCGCCUGUGAUAUACCGAGGUACUCGUCAGCCGCCCACCUGAGCUCAGGACCCGUCGUCGCCGCGUCAUGCCGAUCAUGUCCCGCUCUUUCUAUCUCCGCCUUCUAUCGCGCGUGCCGCCCGCGACUGCAUUGAGCUCACCGGCUCAAUACAUUUUACAUCGAGUCAGCCGAGCAAUCUUUGGAGGCACCCGGGAGCAGCGGGCCGGGCGGCGGACGGGGCGGGUCGGCGGGCGGGCGGAGCACGGUGGCUGUGUGAGUGUCGAACUGUCUGAGGCCGGAGGUAAGUCGCUCGGGCUCGGUCGGCCCCGACGCUUCGGCGACUCGGCUCGGCUCGACACGGCGGCGGCGGCGGCCGGCGGCGGACUGAACCAGCGUCUGGGCUCAAACGGAGCCGCAGAUGCAAGGUAGAGUGCCGACCGAGGACACAUGUGUCUCAAUGUGUGUGUGCAGCGGCGGUGGCGGUGGCAGUGCCGGCCAGCGGCUGGCGGACGCUCUGCGCCGGGCGGCCGGCGGACGAAGACGGGCGGGCGGCUCGAGCUGGCUCGCAGACUCGCUCGGCCCGACAGGAGGCUCGCUGGGCCUGCCACGAGGCUUGCUGAGCGGGUCAGGAGACCCACUGAGCUGGCCAGGAGGCUAGCUUAGCCGGUGCGCUGGUUGGCGGAGAAGAUUGACAUUUGGACGGCUUUUGUGUGUGAGCGCUCGCGACUGUGUGUGCUGGUCCGCUACUCGGGAGGUCAGGGCUCUCGGCAGGUGCAGUGCGUAUCUCUGUGACGUGUUAAGCGCGCUGUGUGCAGGGCUAGAGGUCGUGUCUCGUCUGGCCGACGCCCCACGCCCGGAGCCCUGACCUACCGACUUGGGCCGGACGCUGUAUGACUGUUGCUCUUUGUGCACCUGAUCAGAGGCAGUGGGGAUUGCUGACUCGGUCAGUUGUGACAGAACGUACUAACCACACUGCACUAGGCAGUGGAUGAAUAAUUCGGGUGGUGUGCACAUGUAUAGUUCAUAGGUAGAUGGCUUUUCAGUUUGGAUAAUCCUGCGUGUACGAAGACGAUGGCAUUGGAUCGGUCAUAUUCAGCUUGCGCACGUUUCGGUCAAACCACAUGUAAUCCUGCGGAAAUACAGUUUGCAUAGGUCUGUUUCAUCAUUGUAGGGAGUAGGCACGCUUCUAACAAUAAACCCUAGAUUUAUCAA